CAGUGGGUGCCGGAUGUGGAGAGGAGUUGGAGGGCGGCGGGAGGAGUGGGUACCCCCAAACGCCGCCGUUCCCGGAGCACCCCAGCACUCCAUUGCUGCGGGAUGAAAACGGCGCUUGGGGCUCCUCUUUAAUGUAUUCGCCUUGAUGUCCUCGUGGGAUCUUGCCCGGGCGUUCUUGGCUCCGGCCGUGCCCUCGUUUUAUCCCAGAGCGUUUCGUCACACGGGAUCACCCAGCCCGCUUCCCAGUCCCCUGGCCGCGGGCUCUGUGUCCCCGGGACGGCGGUGCUGCACAAUGGCGGGUGGCUACAGGAGGCGACAGGGUGACGAAGGCUGGAGGGACGCGCUGGCUGAUGCAAUCCCGCGGCGCCGAUGCCGUGGAGCCCGUGCUAUCCUAUUGCGUGUUUCCUGGCUCUGGAACUCUGGGGACUGAUCCCUCCCACUGGGAUGUCACGUUCUUGGCAGGUUUCGUGCUGACAACCUGAACAAGCUGAAGAACCUGUGCAGCAAAACCAUUGGGGACAAGAUGAAGAAAAAGGAGCCAGUCGGGACGGAUGAAUCAGUACCAGAGAGUGCACAGAACCUAGAUGAGCUCACAGCUGAUGUCCUGGUGAGUCUCCAGGUAUCCCAGAUAAAGAAAGUUCGGCUGCUCAUUGAUGAGGCGAUCCUGGAAUGUGACUCUGAGCGCCUGCGGCUGGAGGCUGAACGAUUUGAGAGCCUCCGGGAGAUUGGGAACCUCCUCCACCCCUCUGUGCCCAUUAGCAACAAUGAGGAUGUGGACAACAAGGUGGAGCGGGUGUGGGGUGACUGCAGCUGCAGGAAGAAGUAUUCCCAUGUGGAUCUGGUGGUGAUGGUGGAUGGCUAUGAGGGGGAAAAAGGCGCUAUGGUGGCUGGAAGCCGUGGCUAUUUCCUUAAGGGCCCACUGGUGUUCCUGGAACAGGCACUGAUCCAGUAUGCGCUGCAGAGCCUCCGUACCCGGGGAUACACCCCGGUGUACACCCCUUUCUUCAUGCGCAAGGAGGUAAUGCAGGAGGUGGCCCAGCUCAGCCAGUUUGACGAGGAGCUUUACAAGGUGAUCGGGAAGGGCAGUGAGCGGGCAGAGGACAGUUCCAUCGAUGAGAAGUACCUGAUUGCCACCUCCGAGCAGCCAAUCGCUGCCCUGCACCGCGAUGAGUGGCUGCGGCCUGAGGACCUGCCCCUCAAGUACGCGGGGCUCAGCACUUGCUUCCGCCAGGAGGUGGGGUCCCAUGGCCGGGACACCCGUGGCAUCUUCCGUGUCCACCAGUUUGAGAAGAUUGAGCAGUUUGUCUACUCCUCCCCCCAAGACAACAAAUCCUGGGAGAUAUUUGAGGAGAUGAUGGCCACAGCUGAAGAAUUCUACCAGUCCCUCAGGAUUCCCUACCACAUCGUCAACAUUGUCUCGGGCUCCCUGAACCACGCAGCCAGCAAAAAACUGGAUCUGGAGGCCUGGUUCCCUGGCUCUGGCGCGUUCCGUGAGCUGGUCUCCUGUUCCAACUGCACUGACUACCAGGCCCGGCGCCUGCGCAUCCGCUAUGGCCAGACCAAGAAGAUGAUGGACAAGGUGGAGUUUGUGCACAUGCUGAAUGCCACCAUGUGUGCUACCACCCGCACCAUCUGUGCCAUCCUGGAGAACCACCAGACCCCUGAAGGCAUCCGCAUCCCUGAGAAGCUCCAGAACUUCAUGCCCCCAGACCUGCGGGAGCUGAUUCCGUUCAUCAAGCCAGCACCCAUUGAGCUGGAGCACUCCAAGAAGCAGAAGAAGCAGCAGGAAGGGAAGGGCAAGAAGAAGGCAGGGGGGGGAUGUGACCAAGUACUGGAGGAGCAGAUGAAGAACAUGGAGGUCUGAGGGUGUCCCCCCGCACCCCAAGGACUUUGGAGGCCUCCUGAGUCAUCUCAUCAUCAUCUUUGCCUUGGAGGCGAGUCACCAUCUGUCCCUCCCGUGCUACAAAGACCUGUCAGGGCACUGCCCCUCUCCCUGUGUGUCCCCCCUACCCUGCAGAGUGGGGCCAGGAUCCCCCUAUGUGUCCCUCUCAUGCUGAGUGGUGCUGGGGACCACCGUGCCCACCUAACAUGUCCCUCCUCCAUCCAAAAUAAAGCCAGGA